AGUUUUUACAAAGACUAGACUAAGCCAAAGAGUUCAUGCCGUUAAAGAAUCGCAUGAAUACCGGUAAUUCCUACUAGAAUGAUAUCAAAUUGUGAUUAACAGCUCAAUUUUCAUUUAACUGUAUUUUUCAAUUAACUGUAAAUAAGAGAAUAGUUUUACUAUGUGAAUAAUGAAAUAAUUUCGCUGAGAUACAUGUAGUUUUGGCUUGUUUAAUUUUUAGAUAUCGUUGAAAAAAAAAACACUAUAAUAAUAGCUAUUAUUUUUUUGAUUAUGAACUAAAUAUUUUUUAUGAGGUCAACAUAUUACCAAGAAAUAAACAGGAAUGGGUGAGUGGAAGGAUGGAUGUGUGGAUUUAGAAAAUUAUCUCUGAUCAUGAGUGUUUUAUCUCGGCUUUACUUGAAUCUGCUUCACUCAACUUCGAUUUUAAAAUCGUCGAUUUUGUAAAUAUCUCAUUAUGGACUUGAUAUACAUGAUUGCAAUACACGAUUGCGAUAAUUAUAACGCACUGAGUAGGCUUAUCACAAUAACUUAAGAAUACUCGAAUAUAUUCAGUUGAUAUAUGAAAUAUAUUCAAAUGUCAACGUAUUUAACAGGUGAUCAAGAAAAUGCCGGUAAUGUCGUACAUAAUAGGACAUCAGUGUAGAGUAUUCAAUCUAUAUAGAGAAGGUAAAGGGAGCCGAGACCUCAGCUAAUAGCUUCAUUGUUGACUACCAAUAAAACAUUCUAUUGACUAUUUAAAUUUUACCUAUUUCUUUGAAAGUUGUUUAUUGUAUCUCUAAAGAACUUCGACAAAGCGAGAACGAACAUACAGUCAUGCAAAGCGAAACUCAACAGAUGAAUGACGAAUUCAAUAUACACUGCAAUUCACCCUUUGACAAAGGAUUCAAAACGUUUUGAUAUUGCGCUAGACAUUAAAUAGCAAACUGCCUAUACCCGAUUGUACUCGCACAACCAUCAUCGCGUCUUAAGCAUACCCCUAUGCUUUCAGUGGGAUCUUCCCAUCUUUAUGCAGAAAAAGGACGGUCUUAUUUAAAAUGAUUUAUGAGACAAUUUGACGUCAUAUGUAUUUUGCGGAAAGUUUGAAUAAGACAAAAGAGAGUUUCGAUGACUUAUAGAAAUAGCUGUCGGAUUAUUAUCGGUGAAUGCGCAUCAUUUGUGUUUUGAAGAAGAAAAAAAAAAGAAAUUCUUGUAAAUAUUUUCAACCAAAAUGUAACUCUAGUAUAGUUUGGAAGUGAAACAAAAAAAACUCGUGUACAGAAGAAAGAGAGAGAGAGAGAGAGAGAGAGAAACUAAACUCCAAAGAUGGCAUAUUGUGGGAGUGCAUCUAAGUGGGCUAAGAUCGGCCUAGUGUUUCAGUACAUCGGACUGGCCCUGUUCCUGUCCGGAUUCGGGACCAUAGGAUGGAUGGUGACCCAGACAGUACAGAACAACAAGGACAUCACAGUGGGACUGUUCAAAAUGAUCGACUGUUCCUCUGGAAGCUGUGCGACUUCUGACAUAACCAGCGACUAUCAAAACAAUGGGCGGGACGGUACCCUGGGAAUGAUGAUCGUAGUACUCAUAGUGGCGGUACCCAUCACAGUGAUGUACAGUAUCUAUGUAGCCACGGAGGCCGCCAGGUCAAAGUGUCUCGCCCUCCUCGUCAUCAUCUCUGAGUUUGUAGCAGCCUUGUUAGCUGUGAUUGGGAUGAUUAUCUACGCUGUUCUUCUUCCGACUGACUUUUAUACCUCAUACUCUCUGGGACUCAUCACGCUGGCCGCGGGUCUCUUUGCAACAGCCGGGUGUCUACUCAUACCAGACGUGCGCAACAACAUUUACAAAACUACCAAAACGCGCGUGACUCCACCACCGCCGUCUCCCAGUCUGCCGCCGAUUGAGAGUCCCCCUCCACGGUACAGGGAGCACACUCCAGAGUACUACACCCCGAGCCCCCGCCCACAGAAGAAGCGCGGCUACUGGGAGUACAAGGAGUACGAGACGCCCCGCCCCACGGAGCGCCGGACACCGAGGGACGUUGUGAGGGUGCAUUUACGCUCCACCACUCCCCUUUCGGUGGGGAACUUUUCCACAACCUCUACACCUCGCCGCUACGGUACUCCCCCGGCGGUUCAGAGAUACGAUUAUAAGGCCAGGUAAUUCGAUGCCGACUUUUGAAAGUGUUAGUGGCCAAGCUCAAAUUAUCCAACUAAAAAGAUCCCACUGAAGGAGUGAGAUUUCCAUGACGUUGCUACGAUAUAUAGGAUAGUUAACAGUUAGCGCAUGUGUGUUAUAAAUGCAUUGCAUGCAUGGCGAAGAUGGUGUCACGACUUCGGGAACUAAAUUUGAACAAAUAUCAGGAAUAUGCGAUCAUUAAUGUCUCAAAGUUGCACAUACAUGCAAAAACACACACAUCUGUCUCGAAAAUUCUAGUGAAAAUUCAAUAUUCUUUUAUAUCCUUUUCAAGACUGACAAACCAUAUCCGACACUAUUAUGCUGUACCUUGGCGUCUGUCAAAAGCAUGUAAAGACUUUCCAACGGUGUUUUGUCUUCUAAUCAAAUGCAUAUCGCUCUGAGAUGUAAAGGUAUAGAGUCGUACUAUUUACCUUCAAAAAUCUGUCGAAGAACAUCCAAAGAAAACCUUUUUUUCUUUCUAAAAGGGCUUUAUCAACGAAAAACAUUAUAUAUAAAAACGUUUUAUUGUUUAAAAGUGCACAUGAUAUGAUUGUCAAUGUAAUCGGUAAACAUGGCCAUUCUUUGACGAACUUCGAGAGAGAAAUCGGGUUUUUCAGAUGAAUAUAAAAAUAUAGAAUAUACAUAUUGUGUUUUAAAAAAACUUAAAUUUCUCUGGAGUCAAAGUUUUGAAAACGAGAUUGCAAAACAUAUUUCAUUAUUCCUCGUUUUAGUAACAGGACACUUAACUUAAUUGUAUAAACAUUGUAUGUUCGUCCUAGAUUUGUGUUAAACGAGAUCAUUACUUCGUUUUAUCUUCGUUGGAGAGAACCGGGGGGGGGGGGGGGUUGUUACUUCCAAAAUAUAAACAUUAUCCGUUUUUUUUGUUAUUGUUCGGUGUGGGAACGAUUGUUACAAAACUGUUCUAGUACACAAUAAAACAUUUUGACAGUAUUUCACAAGUGCUAGUGAGAAGUUUAACCAUGAAUUGUUAUAUAUGUUUGGUUAUAUUUACUUCACCCAUGACAUGCUAUUUAUAUAUUUUUAUAAGACUGUGAUUUGUCUAUAUUGUCUGUGAUUUAUUUAUUUUUCCAUUACUUGUUGAACCUUGUUGAAUAAAUCUUUGUUACUCGG